AUGAUUCACAGGUUGUCCUCGAUGCUCGACGAGGUGACGUCUCAACUGCACGAGAAAAGGAGAGAACUUGGCCAAAAAUCCGCCAGUUGGACCAUGAAAACCAAGAGCCGGAUCAACCAUCAGACGAACAAACUGGAAGAACGACGCGCCGCGAUUCAGAACGAGCUGUUGCGGCAUUAUCAAACUAUCAAUGAUCGCAUUCAUCAACAUAUCAAACUACGCGACAAAAUCUCGUUUGUGGUGGGGGUGGCUAAUGCCUGUGUGACCCCCGUGGUGGCUUCAAGGAUCCCCGAGUGGAUCCCUGUUUAUUACACCGCCCAAUGCGCGUAUCUGCUCACUUUGCGGUUCUUUCUCUACAAGCUGCGUCACUGGCAUUACUUUAUUUUCGAUUUAUGUUAUUUUGUCAAUGUCAUGGUGCUUGCUUUCCUUUGGAUAUGGCCAUCAUCGCCUUCUUUGUUUGUCGCCGCUUUCAGCCUGACCAAUGGUCCCGUAGCCUGGGCGAUCGUCACAUGGCGUAAUUCUCUCGUAUUCCAUUCGCUCGAUAAGGUUACCUCGGUUUUUAUCCACAUUUUCCCCCCUUUGGUAAUGUACACCAUCCGAUGGAUGCCCGAACUUCACCGAGACCGAAUCGCCACCACACUAUAUAGGAAUCAACACUUUCUCGACUUGAACGAGUUGAAAGUCACUUUUGGCAGCAUCAUCUACUGGUCGACGGCUGCGUACUUGAUCUGGCAAGCGCUUUAUUUUGUUUUUAUUAUUGUUAGACGCAAGGAAAAGGUGGAAUCGGGAGCUCGUAUCACUUCCUAUUCAUGGUUACUCAAGGAAACGCAAAAGCGCAAAUCGCUGAUUCAACGAGCCGCAUUCGCGUUUGGUCCAAAGUACAAGAUAUACAUGUUUAUGUUGCUCCAGUUGGCGUACAACCUUGUGACAGUGAUUCCCACCUAUUUUCUAUACAAGAGCUUUUGGCUGCACACUGUGUUCCUUAUCUCCAUGUUCGCAGCCAGUGUUUGGAACGGAGCCAACUACUACAUCGAAAUCUUUUCCCGGCGGUACAUUGCUGAACUCGAAAAAGUCGUAAACAAGUCCCAGAACAUGGACCCUGCCGAAAAGACAACAGAUCGUCCCUUGUCAUCAGAAACCGCGAAAAAAGUGGCGUGA